UAUAUACGGUCGUCGUGAUGAAAGUUUGUAUAUAUUUAUUUCAUCUCACAAUUAAAACAUUUUUAUCUAUACUAAAUUUAAACUAAAACAAUGGACCAAUUAAAACACCAAUGUGCGUGCGGAAUGGAAUUCAAACAAAAGAAAAAUCUUUACGCCCAUAUGCGUAAACAACAUAAUGUAGAACCUUUGGAACCCUCGCGACGGAUUUGUAAAUAUGAAUGCGAUUAUUGUGGUAACAAAUUUACUUGGCAGUCGUCUUUAAUCAAGCAUAUACGCAAUAUUCAUAGUGACGAUUCAAACAAGUUAAUAGGUAUUAAUAUUAAGAAAAUAAGACUGAUAUGCCCGUAUGGUGCGUGCGUUGAACCUUUUCGGAAUUAUGCAGUUCUCCGGCAACACUUGGCUGAGAAACACGAUUUUACCGUUGAUUACGAGGAAUUGAGUUUUAGUUCUAUUGAAGAUUUUGACAGAUGGAAAGAUGACAUACAGUUUGCGACUGCAUCGCUAUACACUAGAGGCACUUCGGCCAGAAAGUUGAAAAUCGAGGCCGGGCAAAGAUUAUAUUACAAUUGUCAUCGCUCUAAUAUUUACACGCAUAGAGGCAAAAACAUCAGAGCUAUCAAGUCAAUAGGCAGCAAUAAAAUUGGUAAAGCAUGCCCUUCUAGACUGGAAAUGACAUACACACAGUAUUUAGAGCAAACGAUAAUCAGUGUGAAGUACUGGAAGACGCACUGCGGUCACACAAAUCAAAUUGAGAGAUUACCGUUAAACAGGCAGAUUAAAUUUUUAAUAGCGGAAAAACUCGAAAGGGGUUACUCUUUCCAACAAAUACUAGAUUGGGUCCGUGACUCGACCGAAAAAGAUGAAGGUAUAUCUAGGAGAUUACAACUUAUAAGUCAAAAGGACAUGUACAACAUAAUACGUGACUUCGAUAUUAAACAUCCUACCAGAAAACAAACAACGAAAAUAGAUAAUAAUUUCAAAAAUAACAAAAGAGUUAGGAGUAAGAAGAGUAAAAAAAACAACACAUCCGUUAUAUCAGAUGAGAGUAAAAAUAAUAUAUUAACAACAAGUGACAGUAAAGAGACAGUUAAAGGUAAAAACAAUAUAAUCGCAAUCGAUGAAAGUAAAAAUAAUGUAAUCACAUCAGAUAGUAAAGAUUAUAAAAUUUUUAAUGACAGUAAAAAUAACAAACUCCCAAAUAAUGAAGGACUAGUUGAAAAGGCUGAAUUACUUUUAAACUUAGUCAAAGUCGUAUCGUUAAGCAACAAAGAUUGUAUGGCAAUGCAAGAACAGUUAGAUAUACUUAUAAGAAAAGCUAAACUAAGUAAUUUAGAUCAACUUAGUAAAUUGGGUGACGUAAAAAAUCAAAAUCAAGCUUGUGUUAAAACAGUGGCGGAAAAUGUUAUAGUCAAAAUUGAGAAAAUUUGAAAUAAGUGUUGGAUAGAAGCAGGCGUUACUUAAUUUGCUAUAGUCCGCGAAAAGCAGGAGAAUCU